CUACUCGCGAAAGCUAUCGAAGGCGCACACAGGCGGUUUUCUCUCUCAGUAUUGGCACCUUUUUCUUUGGAGGCUUUGUGGCUUUUGAUCAGUCAACAGUUUCACCAUCAGUAGUCCGUUGCAGCAGCAGCAGCAAGAGAGUGAAAACACGCGCGUCAAACAGGAGUUGUGUAAUACCUUGCUGACGGUAUAUGUAUUCGGUUGAUCGUGAAGACCCGGACCCGAAACUCUCUCUCCGACCAUCUAUCCCACUCACAGUUGGGGGUCCAGACGCAAGUUAUUGCGUGAAAAGUGCAGUGAAAAGUUGCAGAACCCUGGAAGAAACCGGGCUAAAGGAAACCGAUUGAAGGGGGUUGGAAAAGUGGAAAAAAAAUAGUGAGGCAACGGAAAGUGAGUAGCAGCAAUCGCGUUUAGACGGUGAAAGAAAGCAGAAAAAGUUAAUUGAAACAAAAUUAAAUUGAGUCUGUGCCGGAGAAAAGCUAUGUGCUAGGCUCCACGUGCGCUUCGAAAGGAAAUAAAAGUGUGUUUUUGCGCAAAACAGUGAGCAGAUUACGAGACCGUGAAGGGAAAUCCUGCAACUCAACUAAGCCAGCUAGUGUUUUCAAGUGCAAACGAAAAACAAAAUCCGUGUUAAACAAAACCAAGUGAAGCAAGGCCCCUCGGUGGGUAAUUUCCGCUUGCAGCAAGCAACAAUAGAUAACCCCGCUGAAAUAUAUAACAUAUGAAAGGAUACAGCAACAGUAGUAGUACCAGAAACAAGCGGAAAAAGUGAGGAAAUCAACGUGUUGAGACAAAGCAAACCAUACAACAAGUGCCCGAAGUGAUAGCAAAGUAACAUAGCGAAAAUAGAGGUGAACCAAUAAAUCAGUGCAUGAGUGUGCGUAUGGUAGUGAAUGAUUUCGGAAAAUAUCGGAAUUAAUUUCGGAGUGCGUCACGGUUUGACCCCUCCGAGCCAAGGGAGCCAAGACACAGCGUUUUGCAGUCCUUCUUCUCGUGUGCAACCCAAACGCUUGGGCUCCCUCGAGGCCACCCUACCGCGUGAGAUGGUGUCACGGCGUAAAAUUCUGUCCCGUUCGCGGGACGAUCUCAAUCUGGACUCGACGUUCAUCGCCCAGGAGGAAGAGGAAGACAUUUGGUACCAGAAGGAGAAACUCUAUAAGGAACACAUCCAGGAAGUGCUGGACAAAUGGACACAAAUCGACGACGAAAUCUGGGCAAAGGUGAUCGUCUUCGAGCGGAACCGCCGUGUGGCCAAAGCGUACGCCCGGGCACCAGUCCUGACGAUCAACGGCUCAGACGAUGGCUUCGACGGUAUGAGGAUCGGUUUAUGCGGCUUCGACAACCCGAUGCGAGAUCACAAGACAGACGAAGUCAAACGACACGUAGGACAGGGCGUCAAAAUCAAGAUGGACGAUGCCGGUAAUAUUCUCAUCAGACGCUACUCGAAAAGCAAUGUCUACGUCAAAAGCACAGCCAGCCAGCCAAACGAGGAAACGGCCAUCGGAGCGGACAUUCUGAAACUUCCCGGACAGGCGAUCGAGAGUGAGAAAAUAGUUAAGUUAUUCGAUAUGAAAAAGUUCCAGUCAAACGUCAACCGGGAAUUGAGGCGUGCCUAUCCGGAUCGUCGCCGGCUUGAGACCCAGUGCCUGUCGGCGAUCGCGUUUGUCAAAUCGGAAAAUGACAUCCUGGACUGCCCGAUCUGGGUGCUCAUCAUCAACGUGGUGGCGAUGGAUAUGCUCAAGAGCAAACUACCUCCAGUUCAUCGCCCGGUGGAUAUCAAGAACCGACCGCGCAUCCCGAUUCCAGACGAGGACCCAUACAGCGUUGCCGGCAACGGCGGUGGCAGCUCGGGCAGUUCCGGCUUCGGCGCCAGCGGUAGCGGAAUGGUGGGCGCCCCACGAGACCACCUGAUGCAGGGCCAACCGGUUGGACAGCGCCGCAGUGAAAAACCACCGAAACUACCUCCGCGGGACAAUCUAUACGCAUCACAUGAAAUCGUUAAGCCGGACUACGACGACAUUGAGGACGAGAACCGCGUCAAACUGCAGCGAGGAAAAUCAGACAAAGGCAAAGAUAAUAAGAAAUAUGAUGAUCCUUACUACUGUGGACUGCGGGCCCGUGUGCCAAACUUUGUCAAAUCGUCCAAAUCGAAGGAGAACAACAACAACAGCAACGUAGCCAAUAACAACAGCAACAUCAAGGACAACAACACUGCUGCCGCCGUUUCGAAGCGUCUCUCGAUUGCCCAUUUGCAGCAUCCGUCGUCGCUGCAAUCGCUGCACCAGUUGCACCAGAUGCACCCCCAUCACAACCUGAUGGCCGCCCACCAGCACCACCAGCAGCUGAUGUGGCACGCCAGAAGCUACGAAAGUGGAAUCGAUACCGACGUCGUUGAGUCACCCUAUAGUCACAUGUAUGGCCGUGUCCCGUUGCCAACGAGGGGUUACAUUCCGGCACCGCGAGCCAUGUACAUCGGCGAAUGGGAUUAGGUCUAACCGACUGCGGCUGGCUGGCUGGGUGGGUGCAUGCGCUUUCACCCGUUCCAAAUCUAUAAAAAAAAAUCAAAAACAAUCAACUAACCGCUCGAGACUAAACGUAAAAUAAUUACACACAUAAAUACGGAUAUGUGCAACUAUGCUGGAGCUUCCCGUUUCAUCGUUUACCGGUCGUUUGUCUGUCGGGUUUCCUACGAUUCCGACAGACCGAGAGAGAGAGACAGUUGCCGCCCGCUAUGGCACUUCCGCUUGUUUCCCUUUUCAAAUGAAAUGAAAAUGGAAAUUUGCGUCCGGUUUCUUUACUGUCACGCUCUUCACGUCUUUUAAUUCCUGUUUUCUCUACUUAGUUCGUAAGUGAAUGACUAGUUUUGUUUUUAGUGUAAAUAGUUAUGAGUGAGAAUUUAGAAAAAGAAAAGAACUUCAGCUCCCGGUGGAGUCGAUAGGCACAUUAUUGCGAGAAGAGGAAAAAACAAACUUUAUUCUACCAAAAACUAUUUUGUAUGAAAAAGAUUGUGAAAAAAAAACAUAUUAGGUACUUGCAUGUUGAAACAAAAAUUGGAAAGGAAAAUAUUUCCUGGAAUAAAAAAAAAGUCUAUUCGACCCACCGUGUCAGCUUAGGUUAUAUAGACUUGUACGACUUACGCAAGCAAACUUCAAACUACAAGAGAACCAACAUCACGUUGACACGAUACUGCCAUUCAUUCAUAUUUUUUUAUUAACGUUUAUUGUUUAUUGAAAGUCUUUGAGUUAGUAGAUUUUUUUUCGGCGCAAACAUUCAGGACGAAACGCACAAAUACGAGUAGAAAAAAAAACUAAGUGUGUGUGUGUAAAUACAAGAAAAUAAAUAAAGUGAGAAUAUUUAAAAGUGAAGAGACGAAAUUUUUGUUGAAAAAGUAAUUCUUAGCCCUGGUGUAAAUAUUGAAACUGUCAACUUUGUUAUUGAUUAAGCGAGAAGACAAGAAAACCACUGAUGUCUAAUCAUACUUUUAGACACGGAAUAUUUUAGUAGCUGUCAAUAAUCGUUCAUUUUUGAAACAGCCUUAAUCCCCGUACACAGCUGUACUUGUAUGUUUUAAGUUUUAACUCUCGCCUGCUAGUGUUUACUCCUCUAGCGUUAAUUCAGACAGGAAUGAUUAUUAUUAACUACAAAUGUGUGGGCAUUGACAGACAAAAUCAGUGUUCCCAGGUUAAACAGUAACAGCUUCCAAAAAUCAGAAAAAAUGUAUAGGAAAAAUUAGAGUUUUGGAAGCCAAAAACCAAUUACGAUGAUAUAAUACUCAGAAAACAAAACUCGUGUACACGUCUGUUUUUAUCCACUUUACUCUAGUAACAAUCAGCGCACAUUUUGACAGUCACGGGCCUCUUAAACGUCGAUGACCUUGAACCCCCCUAACCUCAAAAUUUUUCAAAAACUAAAUUAUACCUCCCUUUUCUUCCCCUUUCUAAACUAUCGUCCAAAAUUUCUCACACCUUACCACUGUGAUUGUUUUGAGACUUUCCACAUUUUUCUCGCAAAAACGUAAAUUUGGUUAAGACACACACACACACACACGCACGACCAACAACAAAUCAAUCAAUCAAAGUGUAAAUACGCACCGAGUUGCAGGAGGAAUGUCACACCGUGCUUUUUUUUUUAUUCCACACCCACCGAACGCGUGUUCGCUUCCUGCCAACACCAACUUGGAGAUUCCGAUCUACGGUUACGCCAUAUUCAACCGCGGCGACAUGGGUGAGAUCGGAAUUUUCCCCUACAGUACAGUUGGAUGGUAGACUUCCCAAGUCCUCAAGAUUCGAUAGGCUUUUGCAAUUAGCUCCCUUUGUUUGGCACCCACAGAUUUGGCUUUCCGUUAACUAGUCCUCCUGCACAGAACUGAGCAUCAUACCCUAACAAGGUCUAGAGGGAAUUAUACAGGUCAUUGACAUUUGCCACUGUACUGUCAAAAUGAAUCGACGAUGGUUUUGUUUAGAGACGUUCUUGUAUAAGAGAGGAGCAGAUUCAAAACAAACUGCCUUGGCAACCUAUGCCUAGGUGAUAUCUAGCAACACUGCCAAUGCAAUCA